AUGGUCAUUUUUCAGCGAAUUGGAACUGAAGAAAUAAAAUACGAAUUGAAUGUCACAAUUCAUUACGUUUCUGCUAAAUUUACAAACCAAGGUCUCAUAAAAGUUACUGCUGAACGAGGCGACAAACUCUCAGAAACCCAGCCAAUGCAAUAUGACUCUUCUAAAGAAAAAGCAAUUUUUGAGUAUCCUUUAACAUUUAUCACAACAAUGUUUAAAAGAGGUGAAAAAUUUUUAAAGAAAGAAAUAACCUUUAGGGUCUAUGAAAUGAUAGGAAAUAAAGGAAUUAAGAAUGGAAAAGCACAAAUUGAUUUCAGUGAAGCUGCAACUUAUGGAAUACAAAUAUCAAGGACACAACUUGUAUUAAGAGGCUGCAGUGAUAAAUCUGCUUAUAUUUGUGUCAGCUUAUACCUAGAAAAAUAUGAUAAAAAACGCACCGAGUCAGAACCUACAGGGGAUAUCUCAAUGCAAACUCCUGUAGUGAAUGCUAGAAAUAAAUAUAAAUCUGCAACUGAUUUAUCAGAUGUAAUAGAAAACUCUAAUAAAGAAGACAAAACAAGAAGGAAUACCCACGCUCUUGAAGCUUAUCAGCCACAUAAGCACGAAAAAAAAGAAAAAUUCAAAUAUUCACAUAAUAUAAUCCCUAAAAAUUACGUCAGAAAAAGAUUUUACAGCUUAGAAGAUGGGACUAUUGAUUUAAUAGAAGAAGAAAAAAAUAAUGAAGAAACAGAAGAUAAUGAAAAAAUAAGGACACAGUCAGAAGUUUAUGUAGACUCUGACGAGAUAAAUAAUGUGUCAACUGAAGAUUCGAAGCCUGAAAAAGAAAAUAAAAAAGAUAUAUUCAAGGAUUUAGGAAUCACAAAAGAGAGUAUUAUACAUCCUAAAGAUUCAUUGGUAGACUCUGAAGAUUCCAGCUCAGAAGAAGAGCCUGUGCAGCUAAGUGCUGAACUCAUUGAAAGCAUAAAACAUCCAGCUUCGACUAUGUCAAAUGUGAUACCCAAUGAAAUGAGCAGGGAUGACAUAAUUUCUCAAAAAGAGUCAUCAGCUGGACUGAUAAAAGGGAAAGGCCCAUGCUGUACUGUCUGUAGUUUAUUUUAA